AUGCUAAAAUUUACAAGAAGAUGAUUAUUCUUUUCUAAAAGGCGGCCGACGAUCCAUGAAAGUGUGAUUGGUCGCUCUCGUUUUCCCACACCAGAAGAAAGUGUUGAGUAUCUUAAGGCGCGAGAUAAAGACCAAGUUUAUGACUAUUUCGAAAUGAAAAAAGCAGGAAGACUUGCCCCAUCUGCCUAUGACAUGGAAAAAGAAGAAAAAGAAAAUGAAAAAGAAGCGAAAAGGGAGAAAAAAGAAUAUAUACAAGAGCUGCAAAAGAAAGGAAUGAAAAUCGAGUAUCAUAGCUCCACAGAUGAAGAAAAAGAGAUAGAGGAGCUAAUUAAUAAAGAUUAUAAAGAAGGCUACAAUGUGGAAGGAGAAGAUGUUUAUGGGAAAAAGGCGUAUAAUGAUCCAUUUGAUAAAGAGCUGUUUGGGCCUAAGAAGUGAGAUGAAUAUGUAAAAAAGAAAAAAGAGUUCGAGCCAAUUAAACCUUCAGAGUGAAUUGAAAAUGUCAAGCCAGAAUGGGAAGAACAUAUUGCCAGUUGGAAUUUGGGGAGUGGAGAAGGAAAUUUCAAUGAAAAUCAAGAUGUAUUAGAGAAAUUAGAAAAAAUGGCUGAUGAAAAAUUAAAAACUCAGAGAGAAAAUUGUUCAGUUAUCAGUGGAAAUGCAGAAAAAAGCCAAAAUAUCGAUGUAUUAGGUGAACUAGAAAAAAUGGCUGAUUCAAAGAAAACAUUUCAUGACCAAAAAUUGGGAAAAGACGCAGAAAAUGAUACUAGCCUUGAUAUUGAAGACUUACAGAAUAUUGCAGCAGAUCCAAAACAGAAAAUAUUUGAAUUUGCAGCACUGUGGCUAAAAGACGUAGAAGAGAUGCAUAAAAAAUUGCCAAAAAAUGAGCAAAAUCAAGUGCCUAAUCUUGGAUCAUUUCUUGAUAUAGCAAGCUCUAAUCAAUUUUUCAAAAAGAAAUUUAUGAUAUCAGAUGAAGAUCUUUAUAAAAAAGAAGCAGAAGAAUUAGAUGAAGACGAGGAUGAGUUUGAAAAUAAAUAUAAAGAAGAAGAAGAUAAACAGAAAGAGAAAGAUGAAGAUAAACAGAAAGAGAAAGAGAAAGAUGAUGAUAAACAGAAAGAGAAAAAGAAAAAGAAAGAUGCAGGCAAAGAGAAAGAGAAAGGUGAGCCAGUAGAAAUUCUUCCUUUAAGAAAGAGUAAACCAAAAAGUAAAAAAUAA